UCAGUGUUUUCGCGUUGAGCAGCAGAGUAAAACCUGUUUUUCUGGUUUCGGUGUAAUCCGAGAGUUGGGGUUUUACAGAGUUACCUCCUAUCCUGUCUGUUGGACUGAAGCAGUUAGUUCUCCAAUCGCUGUUGGGAUUGACUGCUUUCAACAUGCGGACCCCACUGGUGAUGAUCUUGGGGCUGGUCCUCUCUUCCUCGGGCUAUGUACUGAUCCUCACCUGCAUUGUGGCUCCUGCCUGGAGAGAUGUGUCCGAUAUUCCCGAGAGGGCUCGGGAUGAGAUCCAUCACCAGGGGCUGUGGGAGAUCUGCAGGGACGAGCAGUCCGUGCGGCAGUUGACCUGCGGACAGAGCGACGAUGCCUACUUUAACUAUCAAGUGAUCUCCAUCGCCCGAGGCCUCAUGAUCGCCUCCAUGGUGGUGUCUGCUGCUGGGAUCCUGGUGACAACUUUGGGAGUUCGCUGCUGGACGGACAUCCCCAACUACACCGUCUCAGGAGUGGGAGGGAUCGUUCUUGUGAUCGGUGGGGCCUUGACCCUGAUCCCGGUCUCCUGGUACACGCAUCGACUCGAGCAGAUCCCCAACACUGUAGACGGCGCCGUACUCACUGUUGGCUACGCCACCGUCCUGGGCUUCAUUGGCGGUGGCCUCAUAGUCGUAGCUGGUAUUCAUCUGUUGUUCAGUUUCGGCAAAUUGUUCAAAAACAAUACUGCAGCGAAGACGAAUUAUUACCCGAAGAGCGCAGCCUAUCCUGCCAGCAGAUAUCCCACUGGGAUUUCCAACCCAGUCACAAUGAUAGACUUACCAACGACCAUUCCCUCUGCUCCAACUCCUUGGGAUGACGACCUGUAGAUAGACUAGAUGACUGGCGGUGGUUAUUGCACCUCCCUAACUUGGUACCUCCACCACAUGGAAGAACAAGGGCAGCAGUUUCAUGGGAACACCAUCAACUCCCAAGUUCCCCUCCAAGUAACACAACAUCUCAAUUUGGACAGAAAAUGCCCUUUCUUCAUCGCCGCAAAAUCCUGGCAUACCCUAUCCAACAGCACUCUGGGAGUGCCACAGGGAUUGCAGAGGUUAAAGGAGGCUAAUCAUGACAUUCACAAGGGCUACUAGAAAUGGGUAAUACCCAGCCUUGCCAAUGAUAUCCACAAAUGAAAAUUAAUUUUAAAAACAUUCAUUCAUUGGUGAAAAACUCAGUGGAAGCAGCAAUGAGAUAUAUUUCUUCCGUAAAAUCAGGGAGGAAGCAAUCAUAAGCCAGUUUAAAAUAAACUUUGCCAUUUCCACAAAUUAAUGAACAAUAAACUUUAAGAAGCCAGCAAGUGCUUGACAGUGGGCUGACAAAUGGAGGAUGACGAUGUAAUAAUCUUUUAUGAACACAAGUCAGAAAUUUACAUGAAAAUCUAAUGUGAAUGAUUGAAAAGAUUUGCUGAAAUUUAGAACUGACAAGAUUAGAAUCAAAAGUUAUCUAGUGUAAUUGUAAAGUUGCCUCUGUGGCUAGUAACUAUUCAACCUGUGAUGCAAGGCAGAAGUAAUGGAAUUUGAGAAAUGUUUGGUAAAUGAAUCCAUAUUGAAAUGCUGUUGUCACUAUCGCCAGUUGUUCGGGCAAGUAAUAUUGAAUAGGUACAUAUGGCUUUUCGAAGUAAAAUAUAUAAUAAUGGAAACACUGUGUUAUCCGAAUAUCAAACAAAACUGCUCGCCCCUCCACCCCUGUGAAGGGGCACAACUAUUAAAGAAUGAACAUAAGCCGACAACGAAAGCGUCUAAAGUUAAAUAUUGUUUCCAGUGUCCAGCAUACGGGCUACUGAAGGAAUAUGUACAUCUGUGAUAGAGUGAGUCUAAGGAAUCUUCUUGCACCCUUAUGCUCCCUGCAGGGAUUGGAGGUCAGAGAAUUAGAGACACUUGAAUCACACUCCUGUCAAUCAAAGAAUCCCUGUUGAGAGCACAGAAACAACUCAUUUAUAUACCUCAUACACUAGUGGCUUUACAAAAUAACAGAUUUCAGGCAAAGUCUUCACUAUGGCAUCAACUGUGGCUGAAAACAGACCCCCUCCAAUUAAAUUAAAUGUGUUUCAGUAAGGAAAAGUAACAUAAAUUCUGAAGCGCGAAGGUAAGCAGACAACAUACACUUAACUGCUUUAUGGAACAGACUGGAAAUAGAGAUGGUAUCAUCAAAGUGAAAGGGGGAAUUGUGUAAAUUUGAGGGAUGGAGAGAUAUUUAGAAUGGCAUUGCUUUUCAACUCUAUUGUGAGUGUGAUGGAUUCAAUGCUUUUUCAUAUUACACAUUUUUCUGCAUGUCUUUUGUAUAUUUCCUGUCAAUGUGAUAUUGAAAAUUAAUGAUGAGUUCUACUGCACCCUUGCCAGCACCAAAAAGUAGCUAAAUGUACAGACAGAUGUGGAUGUAUACAAUAACAGUUUCACAGUUACAAUGAAUGUUAACCAAUAUUAUCAUAAAAUUAUAUAAUCUAUUGUUUUAGAAAAAGAUCAUACCAUCAGCAUUUUGUUGUGGUGUUUUGGUCUGUAUAAUUAUUUUAAAUAAAUUCCAUUAUUCAUUUUA